GCGGCUAUAUGUCGGGUCCCCGGGGCGGCGGGCGGCGGGCGGCGGUGCGCACCGGGCAGGGAGCAUGCAGGUCGCGCGCCUGUGCCUGGGGCUGCUGCUGCCCGCGGCGGCCGCGCUGGAGUUCGCCUACCACCACCAGGAGCAGAUGGAAGCGUUCCUGAAGACCGUGGCCCGGAACUACAGCUCCAUCACCCGCUUACACAGCAUCGGGAAGUCGGUGCAAGGCAGGAACCUGUGGGUCCUGGUGGUGGGGCGCUUCCCGAAGGAGCACAGGGUCGGGAUCCCGGAGUUCAAGUACGUGGCAAACAUGCACGGAGACGAGACCGUGGGGCGGGAGCUCCUGCUCCAUCUGAUCGAGCACCUCGUGACCAGGGAUGGAAAAGACCUGGAAAUCACGAACCUAAUCAACAGCACCCGGAUGCACUUCAUGCCUUCCAUGAACCCCGAUGGGUUCGAGGCCGUCCGGAAGCCCGACUGCUUCUACAGUAACGGAAGGGAGAACAGUAACCACUACGACCUGAACCGCAACUUCCCCGACGCCUUCGAGCCCAACGACGUGUCGCGGCAGCCCGAGGCGGCGGCCGUCAUGGCCUGGCUGGAGGCCGAGACCUUCGUGCUCUCCGCCAACCUGCACGGCGGCGCCCUGGUGGCCAGCUACCCCUUCGACAACGGGGUGCCGGCCACCGGGACGUCCCACUCCCGCAGCCUGACCCCCGACGACGACGUCUUCCAACACCUCGCCCACGUCUACGCCUCGAGAAACCCCACCAUGAAGAAGGGAGAUCAGUGUAAGGACAAGAUGGACUUCCCCAACGGAAUCACCAACGGCUACGCCUGGUAUCCGCUCAGAGGUGGAAUGCAAGAUUACAACUACAUCUGGGAGCAGUGCUUUGAGAUUACGUUGGAGCUGUCAUGCUGUAAAUAUCCUCAUGAGGAGAAGCUUCCGUUCUUCUGGAAUAAAAACAAAGCUUCACUAAUUGAAUAUAUAAAACAGGUGCACCUAGGUGUCAAGGGUCAAGUUUUUGACCAGAAUGGAAAUCCAUUACCCAAUGUAAUUGUAGAAGUUCAAGACAGAAAACAUAUCUGCCCUUAUAAAACCAACAAAUUAGGAGAGUAUUAUCUUCUCCUCUUGCCUGGGUCCUAUGUAUUAAAUGUUACAGUCCCUGGACAUGAUCCAUACCUCACAAAGGUGGUUAUUCCAGAAAAAUCUGAGAAAUUCAGUGCUCUUAAAAAGGAUAUUUUACUCCCAUUCAGAGGGCAACUGGAUUCUAUCCCAGUAUCAACUCCUUUAUGUCCUAAGAUUCCUCUGUAUAGGAAUUUGCCAAGCCACUCAGCUGCAACAAAGCCUGGUCUGUUCAUAUUUCUAGUGACUGCCUUUCACAUAUUUGUCAAAUAAAGCAAAAUGUGAAAUACAACCCCCCAUCAUCACCUGGAAUCAGGGAUUUCAUGCCAGGUUACUGCAACUCUUAACUCCCCCUGUGGGAUCUUGACUGAACAAACUCCAUGGCCCUUCCCAGAGAAGAGAAACAGUGGUUUUCAAAUCACAACAAGCAACAUGUGGUGGUGAUAACAAAAGGAAUGAUUUGAUCUUGAUGAAUGGAAGAUACUGACCUUUCAAGUAGUCCACUUAAUCUUGAAGUUGUCUUAGAAAUUUGUAAGAAAAACUUGAGAAUCAAGAAAGAAGUUUCUGCAAGAAAAAUAUGAAGCAAAUUUUGUACACAGAGAGCCAGCUGAAUAUAAGCAAUGAAGAUGAACAUUCAUGGAUUACCUACUAUAUCCGAAAUCUUGCCAUGAGUGCUAUAUGUGAAGAUAGAGGAGGUGCCAUUUAUAAUUCAUUCCCAGCACAGGGGAAAAAUGAUGAUAGGACUGAAAUAUUUCAUUUCAUAAAUGUUCUAAGGAAAUAUGAGAGAAAAGAGGCAACCAGGUCUCAGUGGCCCAAGAAAAUAAGGGCCUAAUGGGAUGGCAAGGUUCUAUCUACAGAGCCCCAAAACAACAGGUCAAUUAGGCGUCCCUGCCUUUCUGCAGAUGCAGAUGCCAUAGUUCUGUCAUGCUGAUGACCCCCAAAAGUGUAGCUCUAGCAUCUCGCUUGAGCUUCAAAUUCAAGUGCAGCUUCUCACUAUACAUAUCCACCUGGAUGUGACCCACAGGUACCUCAACUCAUCAUGUUGAAAUUGAACAUAUUUUCCUCCCUGGAGCUGCUUUUCCUCCUAGAUUUUCUCUGAACCACCAAACGAGAAACCUGAGAGUCGUCCUUGAUACUUUGUCCUCUUUCCUCAUCCCAUAUAUUCAGUCACUCGAGAUUGAUGUUAAUUUUAAGUGUUAUAUUAUAAAUUAUAAACCCUCUCUCCAUGGCUAGUAACAUUGUCAAGUUUAGGCCAUCACAGCUCACCGGCACCACUGCAGCAGCUUUACUGGUCUCUGCUCCCAGGCUUCUCCUCUUCAAAUCCAUCUUCCACACAGAACUUGGGAAGUUCUACUUAAAACAAAAAACAAUCAACUUGCUUAAAAUUCAUGUUUAUGUCUUCAGAGCCCAGGACAGAGUAGAAACCAAAUGAAUGAGUAAACAAAGAGUUCUAGGAACCUAUAGUCCCAGUCCCUCCCACAAGCUGUGUUGGGCUUUGAGUCAUUUUGUCAGAUGAGGGCCUCUGCGUUGGCAAUCUCCAGCUUAGUAGUCACACUGACAGAAGAGUUUUCAAUUAUGUCUCAACAAAUAAAUUUGAAUACAGUGUUUUUACUAUGCUUUGCCUUUAUCCUAAGGUUCAUAGUAAACGUAUUGUUACCUGUUAACAACACAAGCUACCUUCUUUUGUCAUCAGAAAACAAAAGUUCUACCAUUGGUACUCAACUUGAAGCAACUGUUCUCCACCUGCUAUCAUGAGAGUUAACCUAUCUUAGAACAUUUUAUCUAAGAAUUGAGAGGGGAAACAUCAAACAAAAAAACAGCAACUCAUAAGCAGAUGUCUAAGUGCUAUAUAUUGCUCAUGGAAUGUAAGUUGCCUUGGGUCUUUCAACUGAGAGUUCUCUAGGAUCUGAAAACGAAACUAUACUGGGCUUGGCACGUGAUGAGUACGUGAGAACCACAAACGAAUGGGAGCUAUUCCUGUGCCAACCUUAUUCCAUACACACAAAUCAUGCUUGUUAAUCUAAACAGAAUUUGUGAUCUUCCUAUUUCUUAUAAAAGUCUGGUAAUAACUUGAAUUAUCUGGAUCAUUUUUAUUUAAAUAAACUAAUUUAUACAUGAAUGUAUUAAUAUUACAGAAAAUGAUUUUGGUAUGCUAUAAAGCACAGAAAACUCGAUUUAUCAUCAAGCCUUGUUUUUCAAUCAGUCUGAGUCCCAACUUUUCUACAAUACCAAUUUUCAAAGGGACAUGAACCAAAAUCUGAACUGGUUCACAAGCCUUAAUGUAAUUUCCUUAAGGAAAUAAUGUUUUAAAAUCAGAAAUUUUAUCAAAAUCAUUUAGACACAAGUAAAACAAAAUAAUCUCCAAACUAAAUCUAAACCAAACCUGAGUUUAAUACAGAGCACGCUCAGGGUACCUAUUUUGCAGCAAAGUACUCAGAAGUAAACUUUGUAGUGAGGGUUUAGGAUAACCGAAUCUCAAGUAUACUCUCCACCAACCAAGUUCAGUGUCCAAGGGGAGAAACCGGAAUUCCAACUCUCCUUAGACCAGAGCCCCAAAUCUCCCUGCAUGACCUCUUUCCUACUAUCUCUUACUCCCUUAUGGUGGUUAUGCUCCUCAGCUUCUAAGUUCAGGUAUAAAUUCCUUCUAUGGAGAAAACAACAUGGUAAAAUUUUACAAGAUAAAAGAACAUGGGAGUUAAAUUUGCAAGAACCCCACGUUCAAACCCAUCCCACGUUCAGUUUCCUUACUUGUAAAAUGAAGACCCUUGCUUGACUGUUUCUGUGACUAUCUAAAAGCUGUGGUUUAAGAUGCCUUAUUUUGAUGUCAUUUUUGGUGCUUGCCCAGGCGCAGAGAGGAUAAUUAACACUAAGUGGCAUAAAUAUUUUGAAGGCAGCAUAAUAUAUCUUCUUAAAGACCAGGUCUUUUGCCUCAGAUAACAAACAGAAUUGACCGGAGAACUGAAACACUGGUUAGCUGGGAUGGGCAUUUACUGUUUAAGGAAUCUCCUGAACACAACUUUUUUUUAAUCUAUCUAAAUUAUGAUAAACGUUAACGUGAAUAAAUCUAAAUGGAGGGGAGUACUGUAGAGAAAUGUGAAGUCUCUACAGGUAAAUGUCAAUUUGAUUUUGGUGCUUAAUUAUCAUGUUCAGACUUGAGCUGUUACAUGUAUCAGAGAUAUUAAAAGCUUCUCAGCAUUUUUUAAA